AUGCCGGAAGACAUAAAUGACACCCAAAAGGAUUACCGCGCUGUCCGACUACGAAAAGAAAAUUUUCGGAAGAACAAAGUUUUUGUCGAGAAAAAAGUAUCUGUGGACGUUUACAUCCCGUCACUAGUCUCAGUAGGCCAAUUAGCUCAGUUGUUGAACGUGAGGCUAGCGCGGUUGCAACGUAAGAUGGAACAGUCAGGAAUGGGGGAAGAAACUUCGUAUGACCAUGUCCUGACAUCAGAUUAUGCCGUUCUUCUUGCUGAGGAGUUUGGCAAAAAUCCCGUUGUUAACGAUGAAAUGGCUUUCGAUAUCUAUCCUUCGCCCCCACACCCAGAGCCUAGCACCCUCCCUUUGCGCCCUCCUGUCGUGGCGAUCAUGGGCCACGUCGACCACGGAAAGACUACGUUGCUCGACACUCUACGAUCCACCUCUGUAGCGCAAAGCGAAGCCGGUGGUAUCACUCAACAUAUAGGAGCCUUUUCUGUCCCGGUACCUUCCACCGGUAACGACAACGGCCUCAAAUCCAUCACCUUUCUCGAUACCCCGGGGCAUGCUGCCUUUUCUGCUAUGCGUGCGCGCGGUGCCGGUGUCACUGAUAUAAUUAUUCUCGUUGUUGCUGCUGAUGACGGUAUCAUGCCCCAGACUCGCGAAGUCAUUAAUCUAAUCAAAAAAGAACAGGAUAAGGUCGGAGUUGUGGUGGCCAUCAAUAAAGUGGAUAAACCAGGAAUCAACAUUGAGGCAGUGCAACAAUCUCUCCUUGCGGAAGGUUUGCAGCUAGAACAAUACGGUGGAGAUGUUCCCGCAGUCGCUGUGUCCGGGAAAACUGGUGAAGGUCUACCGAGUCUCGUUGAAACCUUGUCAGCUAUCGCCGAAAUGCAGGACUUGCGUGCAGAGAACGAAGGUCCUGUUCACGGCUAUGUAUUGGAAUCAAAUAUGCACAAAGGCAUGGGAUCUGUUGCCACCGUUUUAGUUCUUCGUGGCAGCCUGAAGAUUGGUUCACAUAUCAUCAGUGGCCUCUCUUACGCAAGGGUACGCGUCAUGAAUGAUUCAAACGGAAAACCUGUUAAGGUUGCCACUCCCGGCAUGGCUGUCACUGUCUCGGGUUGGAAGUCCUUACCUACCGCUGGCGAUGAUGUUCUGCAAGGCUCCGAGACAAAUAUCAAAAAGGCCAUCGCAAAUCGGGAACGAAAAGCCGAAAUAGACUCAUCUCUUGCGGAUGUGGAAGCCAUCAAUCAAACCCGGAGGCAAGAGAGGGAAAAACGAGAGCUCGAGUUGCAGUCAGGGAAAGAUGCAGCUGCUGCGGAUGAACAGACUGAGGACGGACCUAAGGAACUGCGCCUGAUCAUCAAGGCGGAUGUAAGUGGUAGUGCAGAGGCUGUUGUUGGUGCUCUUCAAGGCAUAGGCAACGAUGUGGCCACAACCAAAGUCAUUUCGUCCGGUGUCGGAGAUAUUACCGAUACUGACGUGACCUUGGCACAAACCGCGGGUGGUAUGAUAGUUGCAUUCAACGUUAAUGCUUCAAAACAAGUCCAAGUUGCCGCGGCCCAGAAGAAUGUCAUCAUCCUGUCGUCGGGUAUUAUCUACAAACUCAUGGAUGAUGUACAGGAGCAUGUCAUCAAACUUCUCCCUGUUAUCAUAGAAAAAAAAAUAACUGGUGAAGCUCAAGUGUUACAAAUUUUCGACAUCCAGGCAAAGAAGCAGGUGGUCAAAGUGGCCGGCUGCAGGGUAACGAACGGAACGGUGGAACGCUCCAAACAGGCCCGGGUAAUCCGAAAUGGUGAAACCGUCCACGAAGGCCCCAUUGAAACUCUGCGUGUGAUUAAGAAGGAUGUCAUGGAAGUACGAAAAGGAUCUGAAUGCGGGCUCAGCCUAGCCAACUUUUCGGAUUUGCAGGCAGGAGAUUCCAUACAAAUGUUCACGAUGAUAGAGAAGCCCGGAGUGCUAUGA